AAAGCAGUUGGUCAAGGCAGAGGUUGUGCGGUGCCGACUGGAUUCAGUUUGAACCGAUUACAUCGUUUUUUACAUUGCAGCAGUGCUGCAGUGAAAGCGCGCCGUUUUGUUUUGAUUGUCGACUGGACCUCUGCACAGCGUUGCAAAGAAACGCUGGGGUUUUGGAGAUGUAAAGCGGAGAAAGUCUCUGCGAAAGGAAACGACACACUGAGACUGGCACUGGCAGUGGGCUGAGAUGAAAACAGUCACGGGAAGGACAGAUGACGCGGGAGAGCGAAGGUGGGACGGAAAGUGAAUGAUAAGCAAGGCAUUCAUUCAGCCUCUCUGCCUGCCACCACCAUGUUGAGAAACAGCUUGAAGAUGUUGCUGACAGGGGGCAAGACCAAGAGGAAGAGCCGGAACAGCAGCGAUGAUGGCAAUGAGGGCACCAUAGACAUUCAGACCUCCAGCCUGGAUCCUCUUUACUUCACUGCACAGGGUAGCAGCAGUAUAGACAGUGAUUGUGCCUUUGAGGGUGAAUAUGCUGUGCCACCCAUUUCCAUGGCUGAGGGGGUACAGCACAUUCGUCAGAUGGAGGGGGUCUCUCGAUCUCUGCCCUCAUCUCCUCUAUUUACCCACCAGAAUGCCAGCUCAAGACUCCAGCCUGUAAGGAAGGUCUUCGCCACAGGGGGGUUAGGUCCAGAAAUCGGCCCCCCUCCCUCUGUGGACGAGGCAGCGAACACGUUGAUGACUCGUCUUGGCUUCCUACUGGGAGAUAAAGUCAACGAGGGGUCUCAAGGGCCACAAUACAGUAUGGAUGAGUCUGAUGAUGCACAGGGUUUAGGAGCCAGCGGGAGGAUGAGUCCAUGUUCCACUCUGACCAGCAGUACCGCCUCCCCGCCUGCCUGCAGUCCCUGCUCCACACUCCCACCUGCAGCCCCGGGACAGCAUGUCACCAGCCCUACGUCCACCCUGGAGAGCAGAGACAGCGGCAUUAUAGCCACUCUGACUAGUUACUCAGAUGCUGUGGACAGAAGCGGAAAACACGGCGAUAGUUCUCGAGGCAGCAGCCUGAAGCACUGGCACUCACACAGAUCUACCCUAGACUCCAGCUUGUACCGUGUGGAUGAAAACAUGGCCGCCUCCACCUUUAGCCUCAACAAGAUCCCGGAAUCAAGCUCCACCCACUACUCCUCUCAUCCCACUCCCCUCUACCUCAUGCCCCGCCCUAACUCUGUGGCAGCCACCAGUUCAGCCCAUCUGGAGGACCUGGCAUACCUGGAUGAGCAAAGACACACCCCACUGCGCACCUCUCUUCGCAUGCCCCGACAAAGCAUGGCUGCGGGCCGCUCCGGGCAGGACCUGAGAGCUUCCGCUAACAGUCAUGCCUGGCAGUCUCAGUCACUGCGAUUGGCUCCAUACAGACUGCAGGACAUAGCACUAAAGCCCUUGCUUUUUGAAGUACCCAGCAUCACCAUGGACUCAGUGUUUACUGGCCGUGAUUGGCUCUUCCAAGAAAUUGAUGCCUACCUACGCACCGCCCACUCUGCCACUAAUCGCGGCGUGGUCCUGGUAGGCAACAUCGGCUACGGAAAGACGGCCAUCAUCUCGCGCCUUGUGGCUCUCAGCUGCCAUGGCAACCGUAUGCGUCAAAUCGCCUCAGACAGCCCACAGGCAUCACCCAAACAUGGCGACGGCAUCCCUCUCACACAGCCGCAGCCUUCACAUGCUACACUGGGUGGAAGUUGCCCUGGAACUCCCGAAAUGAAGAGGAGACAAGAAGAGGCCAUGAGGAGGCUUGCGUCACAGGUCGUGGCGUAUCACUACUGCCAAGCAGAUAACGCCUACACCUGCCUGGUGCCGGAGUUUGUACACAAUGUGGCAGCACUACUGUGCCGCUCGCCGCAGCUUGCCGCAUACAGAGAGCUGCUGCUGAAAGAGCCUCACAUACAGAGCAUGCUCAGUCUGAGGGCCUGUGUCCAAGAUCCACCCACAGCUUUCAGACGAGGGGUGUUGGAACCUCUGGAUGCACUUUAUAAAGAGAGGAAGAUCACUGUUGAGGAAGAUCUUAUCAUCCUUAUUGAUGGUCUAAAUGAGGCUGAAUUUCACAAACCAGACUAUGGUGACACUAUCGUCUCUUUCCUAUGUAAAACCAUCAGCAAGUUCCCACCGUGGCUCAAGCUGGUAGUGACUGUCAGAACCUCCCUGCAGGAAAUUACCAAACCGCUCUCCUUCCACCGAAUUUCUCUCGAUGCCCCGGAGGAAAAUGACGCCAUUGACCAGGAUUUGCAGGGCUACAUCCUACACCGCAUCCACAGCAGUGCAGAGAUCCAGAACAACAUCUCCCUUAAUGGCAAGAUGGACAACACCAGCUUCAUUAAGCUCAGUUCCCACCUCAAAGCACUCAGCCAAGGCUCACUUCUUUACCUAAAGCUCACCUUUGACCUGAUAGAACGGGGAUACCUGGUCCUCAAAAGCUCGAACUACAAGGUAGUACCCGUCAGCCUAGCUGAAGUUUACCUCCUGCAAUGUAACAUGCGCUUCCCGACACAGUCGUCCUUCGAAAGGGCACUGCCGCUCCUCAAUGUGGCCCUGGCCUCGCUGCACCCUCUUACUGACGAACAGAUUUAUCAAGCCAUCAAUUCCGGAUCUCUGAAGGGCACCCUGGAAUGGGAAGACUUUCAGCAGAGACUGGAGAACCUAUCCGUGUUCCUAGUGAAAAGACGAGAUGGGACGCGGAUGUUUGUGCACCCUUCCUUUAGAGAAUGGUUGAUAUGGAGGGAGGAGGGCGAGAAGACAAAGUUUUUGUGUGAUCCCAGGAAUGGCCAUACUCUUUUGGCUUUCUGGUUCUCCAGACAAGAAAACAAACUAAACCGACAACAGACAAUUGAAUUGGGCCACCACAUACUUAAAGCACACAUAUUUAAGGGCCUAAGUAAGAAAGUUGGUGUUUCUUCAUCCAUCUUGCAAGGGCUGUGGGUAUCAUACAGUACAGAGAGUUUAUCUACUGCUCUUUCAUCGCUGAGAAACCUUUACACCCCUAACAUAAAGGUGUCGCGGCUACUGAUGUUGGGCGGUGCUAACGUUAACUACCGUACAGAGGUACUGAACAAUGCUCCGGUGCUGUGUGUGCAUGCACAUCUUGGCUAUGUGGAUAUGGUGAACCUGUUGCUGGAGUACGGUGCCAGUGUAGAUUCAGCAUCAGAAAGCGGCCUCACUCCUCUGGGCUACGCGUCUGCGGCAGGACACCUUGGGAUUGUUACUGCUCUCUGCAAAAGAAAAGCAAAGCUCGACCACUUAGACAAAAACGGUCAGUGUGCCCUUGUGCACGCUGCUCUUAGGGGUCACCUGGAGGUGGUGAGGUUCCUCAUUCAGAAUGACUGGAGCAAUGGCGGCCAUCAGACACAACUCCAAACCCCAUCCUCAACGCAAUCCCAGGACACCCCCUCUCCAACACAGCCACAGGACACACCAUCUCCCACCCAGCCGCAGGACACCCCGUCCCCUACACAGGACAUGCCCCAGCAAUCCCAGACCUCUGGCUCAGAGCAGGCAGAACAACAGGAUGAUUCGGUACAGACACCAGAAGAGUCGGAAGAGGUAGCAGAGAUCCAUUCGGAUGAGCGAGAAGAGACUCCGGAAGAGUCAGAACCGCAGACGCAAGCGCAGGCUAAACAACAGACUUCACAACAAGCUGUGACCUUCAACAAGAGUCUGGCAGUACAGCAGGCCCUUAUAGCAGCGGCGAGCAUGGGUUAUACAGAGAUUGUCUCUUAUCUCUUGGACUUGCCUGAGAGUUAUGACGAGGACACUCAACCUGCCCAAAUUAACAGCUUUGAUACCUUAUGGGGUGAAACAGCACUGUCAGCUGCGGCAGGUCGGGGAAAACUGGAUGUGUGUCGACUUUUAUUGGAGCAGGGCUCUGCUGUGGCUCAGCCCAACCGAAGAGGAGUGGUGCCGCUUUUCAGUUCUGUGCGUCAGGGGCACUGGCAGAUUGUGGACCUGUUGGUGAGCCAUGGGGCGGAUGUAAACUUGGCUGAUAAACAAGGACGUACUCCGCUCAUGAUGGCUGCCUCCGAAGGACAUCUGGAUACGGUGGAUUUCCUACUGGCUCAGGAUGCAUCCAUGGAUCUUACGGAUAAAGAGGGACUCACUGCACUCAGCUGGGCAUGUUUGAAAGGACAUCUCUCUGUGGUUCGCUGCUUGGUAGACAGGGGCGCGGCAACAGACCAUGCUGACAAAAACGGACGAACGCCUCUGGAUUUAGCGGCCUUUUAUGGAGACUCAGAAGUGGUUCAGUUCCUGGUGGAUCAGGGUGCAUUAAUUGAACAUGUUGACUACAGUGGGAUGCGACCUUUGGAUCGGGCUGUGGGCUGCAGAAACACAUCAGUGGUGGUCGCCCUCUUAAAGAAAGGAGCUAAAAUCGGCUGCCAGACACUGCCGACUCGGCACAAAAGAGGUCCUGCCACCUGGGCAAUGGCUACAUCCAAACCUGACAUCAUGAUUAUCCUGCUGAGUAAACUUUUAGAAGAGGGAGAUGGCUUCUACAAGAAGGGUAAAGUGAAGGAGGCGGCUCAGCGCUAUCAGUAUGCUUUAAAGAAAUUUCCCCGUGAAGGAUUAAGUGAGGACCUGAAGACCUUUAAGGAGCUCAAAGUGUCUUUGUUCUUGAACCUGUCUCGCUGUCGGAGGAAAAUGAAUGACUUUGGAAUGGCGGAAGAGUUUGCUACUAAGGCCCUGGAACUGAAGCCUAAGUCAUAUGAAGCAUUCUACGCUAGAGCCCGAGCUAAGCGUAGCAGCAGGCAAUUUGCUGAAGCACUAGAAGACCUGAGGGCCGCUAUAAAGCUGUGUCCAAACAGUCGUGAGAUCCAGCGCCUUCUUCAGCGUGUGGAGGAGGAGUACAGGCAAGUUACCCAGCCAGAGGAACCUGAUCUUGAGCCUCCUCCAUCUCCGCCUCCAUCUCCCUUACCAGUUGAGGAAGAUGAGGAGCCCCCUCAUCAUACCCCUCCACCUGAACCAAGACUAGAUGACAUGGAACCUGUCCAAGACUUGUUUGAGGACGAUGAAUUCCUGGAACAAGAGCUAGAAGCUGUGUCUCUUGGCCUUUCCUCUGAUAUUCGCUCAAACACUUCAAGUCUGGCCAUUAUACGUAGCCCACCCCUCUCUCCAGCUCAUCACGACACCGGCUACCUAUCUGGUGGGCAGGCCUUUGAGUUCCACCCGAGCUCCUCGUCCAUGUCAUCCCCUACUCAUCAUAGUUAUCAAUCAACCUCCCCAUGCAUAUCUCCUACUCAUCAAAACUCUCACUAUCGCCAGAGUCCACCCCUCACAAACUCACCCGCCCAUCAGUCCUCCUACCGGUAUAGCCCUCCACCCAUGGGAAGUGGAGGAAACCAGGGAAUGGACUACCAGAGUCCUCCGCCUUCUCCUCUUCGACGCGGCGUUCCGUUUAGGGGUAGCCCUCCAUUGGAGAGUGUGUGUUUAUAUCGUUCCCAGUCUGGCUCUCCAGUCCGCUACCAGCAAGAUCCUCUACCUAGCCGACCUAAAUCACCACUGUUGAAGAUGAGUAGCCAGCGCUCCUUCCAGCUCCAGUCACAGCCUUCCCAGAGCUCCCAGCACAGCCAGCACCAUCAGGCCCAAGGACUUCGUCUUCAGCCCUCUAUGGCACAAAUUGUCCGUACCAACCAACCGAGUAACAACGUGUACAGCCAUUUGGCUCAUCCACUUAGCAGCAGGUACCAGGGUAGUUCCAUGGAUAUCGACCGAGAGAGAGAACGGGAGCCCAGGCUGGUGUACCAACCCUCACUGGAUAGCCGGUCUAUGUCUCAAGUGCAGUCCAGCCUUAGUGUGGGAGGUCUCUGUCAGCAUGGGGGUCGAGGUGGGAUUCUAGAAUCAAACUUAGGGAAAGAAGAACUCCCUCAACGUCCUGCUUCAGCAUACCGUUCCACCACAGGGGGACCCGGAGGCAUGCGCUUCAGCCAGACUCCCCAGAUCAGCCGCAGUCAGUCAGCAGCAUACUACCCCGUGUCCAAACAUGACCUUGAGAGGGCAGUGGCAGCCUCCGCUCUGACUCAGUGCCAGCUGGGCUCUCCUGAGAUCCCCCAUCUUGUGCGUAGGCCUAUCAGUGCAAACACAAGUGACCUAAAGCCGCACGUACCAACCCCCAGACCGCUAAUCCAUUCCCAGAGUGUAAAUCUUCGCUUCUCUCCCUCUAGCAGUAACAUCUCCUCAGGCUCCAGCUGCAAUAUUGGCCCUGGAUUCAGGCCCUCUUCCUCUAUGGCCCAAAUGGAAAUCCCAUUGCAGGCUGCGUACGAUCGAAGCUUCGAUGAGCCAUCGGCCCUCUCUCCCUCUCAGAGCGGGCUCUACUCGGGUGAACCCGCUCGAUCCCGGACCACUCCUUUCAUGGGCGUCAUUGACAAGACCGCAAGGACUCAGCAGCAGUACCUACACCAGCCUUCCCGGGCCUGGCCAGUGUCAUCCCUGGAAUCAGUCAUCACUAGUCCCACGUCGCCCGGAAAUUUAAUCCACCAGGCUUCAACUGCCUCGUCCUAUAGUCCACCCACCUCUCUAGGUAAUAUCGCCUACUACAAUAAGACCAAUAACGCCCAAAAUGGACACAUGCUGGAGGAGGAGUUCUAUGCCCAGCCGCAGCCCUCCUCUCUAGGCAAGCUUGCCAACGGAGGGGCCCGUGAUCGAGACAUCCUCGAGCGAGUGAGCCAGGUGCCCACGUACCAGGAUGUUAAAGUGGCACGGACAAUGCCCGUAGCACAGGCCUACCAGGAGAAUAUGUAUCGCCAGCUUUCCCGUGAUGCCAGACAAGGUCCCACCUCGCCCAUCAAACCAAAGAGACCCUUUGUGGAGUCAAAUGUUUAAUAGGCACCCAGUAGGGUGGGCACAAAAGGUGUUUAUCAAUGAAUGUUUGUGUGAUAAGAUGUAAGGGACUGUGUAAGUGCAGAAUGUUAACAUCAGUAUUUCACGUGAAGAAAGCAGAAAAAUUGCUUACAAAAAAAAAAAACAGUGUUACAAGGUACCUUUGCCUACUUUGGGUAAACUCACUAACCUAGUUUUUUGAAAGCGGGUGGUGGACAGGUUCCAAAAUCCCCGACAGUGCCCUUUUGGAGUAUUAAAAUACAGUAUGUCAACGUAAAAAUCUUCCUUAAAGCUCUGCACAUUUUAGGAAAGCACAUUUCUUGACAUCCCCACACACAGAGUAACAGUUUACCUUGCCAUUGGUUCCAGCACUAAAGUAUAGAGAAAACUGGGAAUCUCAACCACUUACUAUCCUCUUCCUAUCGAAACUAAACUAAAUUGCUCCUGGACAUUACAACGUUGGGUAGUUGUUCAAUACUGUAAAAAGUGAAAAAUAACGUUUCAGUAAAACGAAACUGUAGUUACAGAAGGAAAAAGGAAUAUUUAUAUUUAAGUUAUAUGAUGUAUAGAGAUAUUAAAGCCGUUGCCGUGUGAGUUUUAGUUUGUUUAAUUUUGUAUAUGUUUAUUUUAAAGACUGGAGAUUAUCUUAAUAGUUAUGUUAAAAUUCUGUCUCACAAGCAGAAAUAUUCUUCGUGUUAAAAUUAACAGUUGUAUAGUGGCAAUAAUGUUAAUUUAAGGUUUCUUUGUAAUAAGCUUAAUAUGCUAAUAUUCAAGUAACCCUCAUAUUUUGUUAGCUCAGUUUGUUACCAAACCAAACAUUGGAAUGUAUCAAACUACGGACGCUAAAUAUGUGUGCAUACUACACAACACAACGUUUCAGGGCAGUUUGUGAGAUAGUAAUAGAAUUUAUUCUCUUUUGAGUUUCUUGUUAUAUUGCACAGAGAAACAUUCUAGUAUAUCAAGUGAAAUAUGUUUGUUUCAACUUUUAAAUUGGUAGUUUUGGUUUGCACUGACUGUCUGUGACAUUCUGAAAAAAACAAGAGAGCACUUUAUUUAUGGAUAAGGAUUGUCUGGAAAGUAAAUAUCGAUGAUAAGAUUUUUUGGAUAUGGGAUGGAACAUCCUUACUAACAUAUGUUCAGUGAACACUGGAAAAUAACCUGUGAUUAGUUGUACUACUAGAAAACAAAAUAGCAGUCAUCGUCCUUGGUGCAAUUCUAAUUUUUCAAGCAAAUGAAUGAACAAUAAUAUAAAAGAGCAAAAUUAUGUUUUUAAAAAGAUUUCAAAUGUGUAUAUAACAGCCUUUAUAGAGCGCAGUGUACUUGCUGUAUAUAGCGGCCAAAUGUGUUUAUGCAUACAAAAUCCUGCUCUCCUCAGCAAAAUAAUCGCCAAAUGAAAUGAAAGAGACUUCAAUGAGCCUUGCGUGUCAAACACAGUACAGAGGCAACAAACACACACACGCAAACCAGCUGUUUUGAAAUAGUGUAUUAGCAGUGUAAAAACAUAUUCAGCUAGUUCCUUUUGAAGUUUUCUGCUUCAGAAUGCAAUAUUAUUAACAUGCAGAGCUUAGCUGUGGCUUUGGUCAGGUCUUCUCAAAAAUACAGUAUAUGAACAGACAUCUAGGUAGCCUUCAAUGCAACCAUAUUCACAUUUCUACUGCUGUGUAAACCUGCUAUGAGAGAUUAUCUUCAGUUAUGGGGAGGAAAAGCUAAAGCAUCAACAAUACAGAUCUCUGAAGGUCUUCUAGAGAAGUUUUUAUUUUUGCUGUACAUAAUCUGGCGCAUGAUUUACGCUCCAUUCCCCCAACAAUACAGCAAACAAAACCCAGUUACAUUUGACAAUAAAAUCUCCACCAGACCCGACAUGAAGGGUUGGACCAUUCUUUUUUUAUAUUUCAGUUCAAUUUGAGUUGAUUUUAUUGUACUUGCUUGCUAAGCAGAGUUUCUCGUCUGUAAAUGUGAGCUUUCAGAACGCUGUGACAACGUUUAAUGACUUCAAUAAACCAGAAUGUGUUUUUAUCA